CUCUCUCUCUCUCCCCUCCUCUCCCUCCUCUCUUCGCAACACACGCACGAACAGCAUGGCAGACAUCACUGAGCUUCGCACCCGCUUCGAGGCGGCUGGGCAGGCCCACGUCCUGCGGUUCUAUGACACGCUCGAUGGUGAGGCGCAGGCAGCGCUGGCGGGCGAGCUGGCCGAGGUGGAUCUGGAUGUGCUGGCGCGGUUCCACUCGCGGGCCAUGGCGGCGUGCGAGGAGACGUUUUCGGAUCCGUCGGCCAUUGCGCCGCUGCAUGCUAUCGAGGCCGAGGAUGCUGUGGGCAAGGACCAGCUCGACACGUGGUGGGCUGGCGGGCUUGACGCCGUGGCUGCCGGCGAGGUGGCGGCCGUCCUGCUUGCCGGCGGGCAGGGGACCCGCCUCGGCUCGUCGCAGCCCAAGGGAUGCUACGACAUCGGCGCGCCAUCGGGCAAGUCGCUCUUCCAGCUCCAGGCCGAGCGCAUCGCCAAGGUCCAGGCGCUUGCCGCGGCUAAGGCCGGCAAGCCCGCCGGAUCGGUGGUCAUCCCGUGGUACAUCAUGACCUCGGCGCCGACUGACGCGCCGACUCAGGCCUUCUUUACUGACAACGAGUGGUUUGGCCUCGCCCAGGACCAGAUCAUGUUCUUCCAGCAGGGCACGCUCCCGUGCCUGACCGUCGACGGCAAGCUCAUUCUCGAGUCGGCCGGCAAGCUCGCCCGCGCACCCGACGGCAACGGCGGCAUCUACGAGGCGCUCGACAAGCGCGGCGUGCUCGCCGACAUGGAGGCCCGCGGCGUCAAGUACGUCCACACGUACUGCGUCGACAACUGUCUCGCCAAGGUCGCCGACCCGGUGUUCAUCGGGUACUGCGUUGCCGCAGGCGUUGGCGUCGGCGUCAAGGUCAUCCCCAAGCUCGAACCGGCCGAGAAGGUUGGCGUCCUCGCUCUCCGCGACGGCGUCACACAUGUCCUCGAGUACUCGGAGCUUCCCAAGGAGCUCGCUGAGGAAAGGACGGACGACGGCUCGCUCGUGUACUCGGCGGCCAACAUCGUCAACCACUUUUACACCGUCGACUUUCUCAAGGCCACGGCGUCGACCUACCUUCACGACAUGGUCCACCACGUGGCGCACAAGAAGAUCCCGCACGUCUCGGACGACGGCUCGGAGACGAUCAAGCCGACUUCCAACACCGGCAUCAAGCUCGAGCUCUUCAUCUUUGACGUCUUUCCCUCGGCCGGCGACUCGCUCGCUAUCCUCCAGGGCGCGCGCGCCCGCGACUUUUCGCCGCUCAAGAACGCGCCGGGCACCGGCUCAGACUGCCCGGAGACCGCCCGCAUGGCGCUUGCCGAGCUCCAUGCCUCGUGGUUUGCUGACGCCGGCGGUGCGCUCUCGGCUCAACCCUCGCUCGACGCGCUCUUUGAGAUCGCGCCCGCCGUCUCGUACGCCGGCGAGGGUCUGGAGGCCUUUUCCGGCGUCGCCGUCGACCUCCCCUACGUCAUCGACGAGGCUGAUCCCACGCUCAACUCGGCGUGAAGCUUGCUGCUGCGCUCGCGGCUGUAAAAAAAACGAUUUGUUCCA